AUGCUUGCGGCAAUUCGGCUUAAAAAAGGGUAUUAUAUUCGACGUGUGAAAGAAGGUUUAUGGAGCACCUUUGGUGUUAAUCGAAUAAAACCGUUUAGCGAAAAAGACUCAAAAGCACAAAUGUUAGAAUGGAAAAAAAAUUCUAAAAAGGCGUACAAUGACUUAUACAACCCUUGUGAUCCGGAUGAUCCGAAUUCUGAGACAUUUCUGUCUUUAAUCAUUAAGUAUGUUUUUGUUUCUGAUGAUGAAUGUACACAAGCUAAUGCGGUUUGGACACAAGCUGUUUUAGAAACUAUAUUCGAUGAGGAAUAUCUUUCUCCAAAAAUUGAUGCAGAUUAUGUCGAUACAUGGAUUCAAAAGCUGUCGAACAAUGAGAAAGAAAAGGAUAAUGAGAAU